ACGGGUCAUACGCCUUCAUUCUGCUCCGGAUCUGCGCCCAGGAGAAAGAAGAAGGCUGGCAUCGACACCAUGAUGACGAUACAAUUGAGCGGUCACCCUGCAUUUCCAUCCUACUGUACUCAGAAUCCCGCUAUGGACCACAAGCGCUUACAGCACACGCUGAUCGCAUGGAGCUACCGACCGUGCUGUCCUGUCCUGGACCUCCCAUAUGCAUAUACGAUGGAGGGUGGGUACAGAAGGGAUUCCCUUCUUCGUCAUGCAUGCGACUAUCGACGACCAGCGGCGGAAGAUUUAGAUGCCGAUGCCCGCUGCGCAGCCUCUUCUCUCUCUCUCUGUGCCCAUGUGUGCGCGCGCGCGUGUGUGUGUGUGGGUGUCCAGGUGGGCAUGGAAGCAUCGCGCAACCACGGCAGAGGAGCGUGAUGCAUGUACAGGUAGUUGUACCUUACGUACUCACGUACUGGAUAUUCAUCCGAUCGUCGCUCUCCGCGGAUCGCGUCGCCACUUUUACUACGGUAGAAGCACAACCGGCAUUGCUGCGGUGACUUGUGGAUUCGUCAUCGCCAUCGACAUUUUCAUCAGCGUGGUUUACUCAGCAGCAUGUCAUCGAAGAUGCGAGCUAUGUGUCAUGGUCGAUAUCGUCACGCGUGCAUGGCUCGUCUAGGAGCGCAGAGCUGCCGUGUUGAGGACACUGUUCAGCUUCUGUGGAUAUGCUGCAUGCUGUUCUUGCAGCACAUGCAACAUUCCAUAUUGAAUACAUACUGCGCUUUUGUUGAGAGGUAGGCGUUCUCCACACGGCGGCGAUGAGACGAAAUGAGUAGCGCCAUGGCGUCGGGCUCGACCGUAUGCCAAGAAUCUCGAGCGAGAAUGACAUGCAGGUUCAUACGUCGUAGAUGCGAAAUUUCGGAAGCAGGCUUGAACCAACAAACGUAGGGAGGGCGCCUCCGAUCGGGC